UCGAUUGAGACGGUUUCACUUGCCAAAAGCUGAGAAAAAUACCCCAGCUCCUCUCUUUUGCCAUGCUUAUUCCGUGAACACACACCUCUUGACAUAAAGGUAUCCCCUUCUUCCCUGUAUAUAUAUAUACAUAAUAUAUGACUGAUUUUACAACCUCAGACAAACUGAUAUCAGUUCUGGAAUGCCAUGGAGCUCAAGCCUAGCAUCACCACUUUCCUUUUUAUCUUCCUUCUCAUCACAGUGCCUUACUUCUCAAGAGGGAGUUGCAGAGAGUUGGAUACUGAGGUGUAUGAAAUUGAUUAUAGAGGUCCAGAGACCCACUCAUCAAUUCCUCCGCCUGAUCGCUCUCGUGGAAAACCACCUUUGAUCCAUCGAAAAACUGCUCUGGAACCUACCAAAUCCAAGGGCAUAAGGGGUGAUGAUAUUAUAGGAGGAAAAGUACUAAAAGCCAAGAAAAUCCAUGGUUAAGAUGUUUCAGAAGUGGUGGUUGUAGUUUUUUUUUUUUUUAAUCAAAUUGGAAACAGUUGAGUUGAUCUCUUAUAGAUAUUAGGAUUAAUACAUAGAGAAUGAGGAUGUAAUAUAUGACAUUAAUCUUGUGUUAUAUUUUGUUUAUCUAGCAUGCAAUUUGUUCAAAUGAGGGUUGUGUGAUUGAUCUUUGUUUAGAGAGUGAGUUAAUAUUGAAACUAUUGUUAAAUAGUACUUAUGGCUUUAAGAAGAAUUAGCUUAAUAGCCAUAUAUAUAUAGUUCUUAUCAUGACUCUGUAAAUUUUGCAAGAAAUAUUGUGAGCAUUCUCUGAACUUUGCUUUGACAAA